UGGAUCUUUGUUUGACUUGGAAAAUGAUCUUCCUGAUGAGCUGAUCCCCAAUGGCGAAUUGGGCCUUUUAAACAACAGUGGCAACCUUGUUCCAGAUGCAGCUUCCAAACACAAACAACUUUCCGAACUUCUGAGGGGAGGCAGCGGCUCUUCCUUAAACCCAGGAAUUGGAAAUGUGAACUCCAGUAGCCCUGUCCAGCAGGGAGUUGGGGGUCAAGUUCAAGGGCAGCCAAACAGUGCUAAUCUUGGUAAUCUGGGUGCUAUGGGUAAGAGCCCUUUAAACCAGGGAGACACUUCUGCUUCGGGCCUGGCAAAGCAAGCGGCCAGCACCUCUGGACCUACCACACCUGCAUCACAAACUCUGAACUCUCAAGCACAAAAACAAGUGGGGAUGGUGACAAGCAGCCCUGCAACAUCACAGACUGGACCUGGGAUAUGUAUGAAUACUAAUUUCGGUCAGACACACCAGAGCCUUCUCAACAGUAAUUCUGGUCACAGUUUAAUGAACCAGCCUCAGCAAGGACAAGGGCAGAUGGCUGGUCACACUGGGCUGAACACAGCACAGACAGGAGCAAUGACUAAAAUGGGAAUGACAGGGAACACUAGUCCCUUUGGGCAGCCUUUCAGUCAAACUGGAGGGCAGCAGAUGGGAGCUACAGGAGUGAAUCCUCAGUUACCAAACAAGCCAGAUCCUGCUGACAUCAAGAGUACUCCUGUCACCAGUGUGCCAAAUAUGUCCCAGAUGCAAACCCAAGUACAGCAAGUGGGGAUCGUCCCGACGCAGGCGAUGGCGACUGGACCAACAGCAGACCCGGAGAAGCGCAAACUGAUCCAGCAGCAGCUGGUGCUGCUGCUCCACGCGCACAAGUGUCAGCGGCGGGAACAGGCCAACGGGGAGGUGCGGGCCUGCGCCCUGCCCCACUGCCGCACCAUGAAGAACGUCCUCAACCACAUGACACACUGCCAGGCUGGCAAGGCCUGUCAAGUUGCUCAUUGUGCAUCUUCGAGACAAAUCAUUUCCCACUGGAAGAAUUGUACUCGGCACGACUGUCCUGUGUGCCUUCCUUUGAAAAAUGCCAGUGACAAAAGAAAUCAACAACCCCUUUUAGGCUCUCCAGCUGGUGGAAUCCAAAAUUCCAUUGGUUCAGUGGGCACAGGCCAGCAGAAUACUCCAUCACUAAGUAAUACUAAUCCAAUUGAUCCCAGCUCCAUGCAACGAGCCUACGCUGCUCUUGGGCUGCCCUAUGGCAACCAGCCUCAGACCCAGCUGCAGCCCCAGGUCCAAGGCCAGCAGCCAGCACAGCCUCAGGCUCACCAGCAGAUGAGGACCAUUAAUGCAUUGGGAGCCAACCAGAUGAACCUUCCUGCAGGAGGAAUAACAACAGACCAGCAAACUCCUCUAAUUUCUGAAACUGCUCUUCCAACAUCCCUUGGGACAAAUAACCCACUAAUGAAUGAUGGCACAAAUUCUGGCAAUGUUGGAAACCUCAGCUCAAUGCCAACAGCUGCACCUCCUUCCAGUACCGGGGUAAGGAAAGCUUGGCAUGAACAUGUCACUCAGGACCUGCGCAAUCACCUCGUGCAUAAGCUUGUCCAAGCCAUCUUCCCCACUCCUGAUCCAGCAGCACUGAAGGAUCGUCGCAUGGAGAACUUGGUGGCUUAUGCCAGGAAAGUGGAAGGAGACAUGUAUGAAUCUGCCAACAGCAGGGAUGAAUACUAUCAUUUAUUAGCAGAGAAAAUCUAUAAGAUCCAAAAAGAGCUGGAAGAGAAAAGGAGGUCUCGUCUCCAUAAACAAGGGAUGUUGGGGAAUCAGGCAGCCUUACAGACCCCAGGACCUCAGCCCCCUGGGAUCCCCCAGGUGGCUGCUGCCAUGGGCCAGGCACAGCCCGUGAGGCCACCCAAUGGGCCUAUGUCCAUGCCAACUGUGCCUAUCAGUCGUAUGCAGGUGUCUCAAGGAAUGAAUCAGUUUAACCCCAUGUCCAUAGGGAAUGUACAGAUGCCACAAGCACCCAUGGGACCCCGUGCAGCUUCUCCAAUGAACCACCCAGUUCAAAUGAACAACAUGGGCACCGUUCCUGCGAUGGCAAUGUCUCCUUCCCGAAUGCCUCAGCCACAGAACAUGAUGGGAGCUCAUUCCAACAACAUGAUGGGUCAGGCUCCUACCCAGAACCAGUUCCUGCCCCAGAAUCAGUUUCCAGCAUCCACUGGGGCUAUGAAUGUGAACAAUGUGGGUAUGGGUCAGUCGACAGCCCAGGCCGGGGUGGCACAGCAGGGGCAGGUUCCCAGUGCUGCUCUUCCCAACUCCAUGAACAUGCUGGGACCGCAGAGCGGGCAGUUGCCGUGUCCGCCAGUGACACAACCUCCCCUGCACCAGAGCGCGCCUCCCGUCUCCAGCGCGGCAGGGAUGCCACCCAUCCAGCACCCAAACCCCACGGGUAUGACACCUCCUCAGCCAGCAGCACCCACUCAGCCAUCGACACCGGUCUCCUCGUCAGGACAAACACCAACACCCACCCCGGGCUCUGUUCCCAACGCCACCCAGACACAAAGCACCCCAACAGGGCAGACUGCGGCGCAGGCGCAGGUCACCCCGCAGCCUCAGACCCCAGUCCAGCCCCAGUCUGUGCCCACCCCACAGCCAACGCAGCAGCAGCCAACAUCUGUGCAGGCACAGCCACCUGGCACUCCACUAUCCCAGGCAGCAGCUAGUAUUGAUAACAGGGUCCCCACCCCUGCCUCAGUUGCUAGUGCUGAUACGAAUUCCCAGCAACUAGGACCAGAUGCACCAAUGCUAGAAAGCAAAUCAGAAGUUAAAACUGAAGAAACUGAGCCAGAGACUAGUGAGACACAAGUGGAAGCUAAGACUGAGGUGGAGGAGGAUUUGCAAGGAUCUUCACAAAUAAAAGAGGAAACGGAUGGAACAGAACUGAAACAGGAGCCGAUGGAAAUAGAGGAAAAGAAGCCUGAAAUAAAAGUAGAUGUUAAAGAGGAAGAGGAGAGUGGGACUAAUGGAACCACUUCACAAUCCACGUCGCCAUCUCAGCCCCGCAAAAAAAUUUUCAAGCCCGAGGAGCUGCGCCAGGCUCUCAUGCCCACCCUUGAAGCUUUGUACAGGCAGGACCCCGAGUCCUUGCCUUUCAGGCAGCCCGUGGAUCCCCAGCUCUUAGGGAUUCCGGACUAUUUCGACAUUGUGAAGAAUCCCAUGGAUCUCUCCACCAUUAAACGCAAAUUGGACACUGGGCAGUACCAGGAACCCUGGCAAUAUGUGGAUGAUGUUUGGCUGAUGUUUAACAAUGCCUGGCUUUACAAUCGCAAGACUUCCAGGGUCUACAAGUUUUGCACUAAACUGGCAGAGGUGUUUGAACAAGAGAUUGAUCCUGUGAUGCAAUCCCUUGGCUACUGUUGUGGGCGCAAGUAUGAGUUUUCUCCACAGACCUUGUGCUGCUAUGGCAAGCAGCUCUGUACUAUUCCUCGUGAUGCUGCCUACUACAGUUACCAGAAUAGGUAUCACUUCUGUGAGAAGUGUUUCACUGAAAUCCAGGGGGAGAAUGUCACCCUGGGUGAUGACCCUUCCCAGCCUCAAACAACCAUCUCUAAGGAUCAGUUUGAAAAGAAGAAGAAUGAUACACUAGAUCCAGAGCCGUUUGUUGACUGCAAAGAGUGUGGUCGGAAGAUGCACCAGAUUUGUGUAUUACAUUAUGAUAUUAUUUGGCCUUCAGGGUUUGUUUGUGACAAUUGUCUGAAGAAAACUGGUAGAACGCGCAAAGAAAACAAGUUCAGUGCUAAAAGGCUGCAGACCACACGUUUAGGAAACCAUUUGGAAGACAGAGUAAACAAAUUUUUACGGCGACAGAACCAUCCUGAAGCUGGAGAGGUCUUUGUCAGAGUAGUAGCAAGUUCAGAUAAGACAGUAGAAGUUAAACCAGGAAUGAAAUCCAGAUUUGUGGAUUCUGGUGAGAUGUCAGAAUCUUUCCCUUACCGUACCAAAGCUCUGUUUGCCUUUGAGGAGAUAGAUGGAGUAGAUGUGUGCUUCUUUGGGAUGCAUGUCCAGGAAUAUGGCUCAGAUUGCCCCCCUCCAAACACCAGGCGUGUGUACAUAUCCUACCUAGAUAGUAUCCACUUCUUCCGCCCCCGCUGUCUCCGAACUGCAGUUUAUCAUGAAAUCCUCAUUGGAUACCUGGAGUAUGUGAAGAAACUUGGGUAUGUGACAGGACACAUCUGGGCCUGCCCCCCAAGUGAAGGAGAUGAUUAUAUUUUUCAUUGCCAUCCACCUGAUCAGAAAAUACCCAAACCCAAACGUUUGCAAGAAUGGUAUAAGAAGAUGCUGGACAAAGCAUUUGCUGAGAGAAUCAUUCAUGACUACAAGGACAUCUUCAAACAAGCAACUGAGGACAGGCUGACGAGUGCCAAGGAGCUGCCUUACUUUGAAGGUGAUUUCUGGCCCAAUGUGCUGGAAGAAAGCAUCAAGGAGUUGGAGCAGGAGGAGGAGGAGAGGAAAAAGGAAGAAAGCACUGCAGCUAGUGAAACAACAGAGGGAAGCCAGGGAGACAGCAAAAAUGCCAAGAAAAAGAACAACAAAAAAACCAACAAGAAUAAGAGUAGCAUCAGCAGAGCUAACAAGAAGAAACCCAGCAUGCCAAAUGUGUCCAACGACCUGUCUCAGAAGCUCUAUGCCACCAUGGAGAAGCAUAAAGAGGUCUUUUUUGUGAUUCAUUUACACGCCGGGCCUGUCAUUAACACCCUGCAUCCCAUUGUGGACCCGGAUCCUUUGCUGAGCUGUGAUUUGAUGGAUGGGAGAGAUGCCUUCCUGACCUUGGCCAGAGACAAGCACUGGGAGUUCUCCUCACUGCGCCGCUCCAAGUGGUCCACGCUCUGCAUGUUGGUGGAGCUGCACACCCAAGGGCAGGACCGCUUUGUCUACACAUGCAAUGAGUGCAAACAUCAUGUGGAAACAAGGUGGCAUUGCACUGUCUGUGAGGACUACGACCUCUGCAUUAACUGCUACAACACUAAGAGCCACGACCACAAGAUGGUUAAGUGGGGCCUGGGUCUGGAUGACGAGAGCAACAGCCAAGGAGAGCAGCAGUCCAAGAGCCCCCAGGAGUCGCGACGACUGAGCAUCCAGCGCUGCAUCCAGUCCCUGGUCCACGCCUGCCAGUGCCGCAACGCAAACUGUUCCCUGCCAUCCUGCCAGAAGAUGAAACGGGUUGUCCAGCACACCAAGGGCUGCAAGCGCAAGACCAACGGUGGCUGUCCGGUCUGCAAGCAGCUCAUCGCCCUCUGCUGCUACCACGCCAAACACUGCCAAGAGAACAAAUGCCCCGUGCCAUUCUGUAUCAACAUCAAACACAAGCUCCGCCAGCAGCAGAUCCAGCACCGCCUGCAGCAGGCUCAGCUCAUGCGCAGAAGGAUGGCCACCAUGAACACCAGAAACGUGCCUCAGCAAAGUUUGCCUUCUCCUACCUCAGCAACGCCUGGUACCCCCACGCAGCAGCCAAGUACACCGCAAACGCCGCAGCCUCCUCCCCAGCCCCAGCCUUCCCCUGUAAGUAUGUCACCGGCUGGCUUUCCCACUGUGUCCAGAACUCAGCCCCCCACCACCGUGUCGACGGGAAAACCUGCCAACCCGGUUUCUGCGCCCCCGCCUCCGGCGCAGCCCCCGCCGGCCGCCGUGGAAGCGCCUGGGAUGCAGCAGCCGCAGACCGGCAUGCAACAGCCGGGCAUGCACGCCCAGGCAGGACUGCAGAACAUGAACGCCAUGCAAGCAGGAGUGCAGAGAGCCAGCGUUCCUCCCCAGCAGCAAGGGAUGGGAGCUAUGAAUCCCCAGGGGCAAGCGAUCAACAUCAUGAACCCCGGCCACAACCCCAGCAUGGCCAACAUGAGCCCGCAGUACCGAGAGAUCCUGAGGCGGCCACUGCUGCAGCACCGGCAGCAGCAGCAGCAGCAGGGAGGGGCUGGCAUGGCAGGAGGGAUGGCAGGACACAACCAGUUCCAGCAGCCUCAAGGACCCGGGGGUUACCCUCAAGCCAUGCAGCAGCAGCGGAUGCAGCAGCACAUCUCGAUACAGGGGGGGUCCAUGGGACAGAUGGCUCAGAUGGGACAGUUGAACCAGAUGGGCCAGCCCGGCAUGGGCGCGGACGGCGCUCCCAACAUCCAGCAAGCCCUGCAGCAGCGCAUCCUGCAGCAGCAGCAGAUGAAGCAGCAGAUAGGGUCCCCUGGGCAGCCCAACCCCAUGAGCCCACAGCAGCACAUGCUCUCAGGACAACCGCAGGCGUCUCAUCUCCCCGGCCAGCAGAUCACCACCUCCCUCAGCAACCAGGUGCGGUCCCCCGCACCUGUUCAGUCGCCCCGUCCCCAGUCCCAGCCGCCACAUUCCAGCCCGUCGCCCAGGAUACAACCCCAACCCUCGCCUCACCACGUCUCUCCCCAGACUGGUUCCCCUCACCCAGGACUCGCAGUCACUAUGGCUAGUUCCAUGGAUCAGGGACACUUGGGCAACCCAGAACAGAGUGCAAUGCUUCCACAACUAAACACCCCCAACAGGAGCGCAUUGUCUAACGAAUUGUCUCUGGUCGGUGACACCACCGGGGACACGUUAGAGAAAUUUGUGGAGGGUUUGUAG